ACUUUAGAAAUCUAAAAAAAUCAGUCAAAUCAUUUCAAAUACAGUUUUUGAAAUUUAAAUUUUCGUUUCCCCUUCUUUAUUUUGUGUAUCCAUUUCCCCAUACCAUAUUUUGUUAAAUUUCUAUUUUGGACACUUCUGGAUAUUAUAACAAACAAACUGAGUAAAUUCAGGACUUGGUCCCGAAGGAAAAUUCGUCACGAAAAGUAUCAUAGUCCACACACGAGUACAUACUUCAAUCAACAAACAUUCCGUAAGAAAAUUGCAAAUAAAAAAUAUUGAAGUAUUGGAUAAAAGGAGCAAGUACAGUAGAACAGAAACGGAAGUAAACGUGAAACGCAUACAUACAAACAUACGCUUAGCGCUACAGCUUAGCAUGACACGGUUUUAUUCAUUGUGGCGUAACCCGGAGGAUGUCAUAAACCGAAAAUCGGAUAAAGUUUCAAAGUUUCUUCUUGACGUCAAUGAAACUUUUAAAAUUUUCCUAAACAAUUGCAGCUGGUUCGUUUAUGCCAUAGCAGCGUUGCUCAUCAGCUGCUGCAUCUACUACUACUUUUAUGAUUGCAAGCGACGCUUAGAGCUGCGACGGCGGCGUCAGGAGGUGCAACGUGCUAAUGAAAGAGCACCACAAAGAAGACGACCCGGUGCUGUGUACAGAGAUCAUGAAAUAUUUCGAAAUGUCAUGCGCACUGUUCGGCAAUACAUCGGUCACUCGGACGACAAGAACCAAAAUAAACCGUAUGUCUUGCGUCGGACACGAAGUGGUGCGAUUUAUGGACGAUUUGCCGAUCGGGAAGGAGUGGACACAUAGACCCGAUCGAAUAGACAAAGUGUUUGAUAACAUAAAAGCGAGAAAAAGCUUGCUGACUUCAGCGCGCUAAUAAUUUUUUAGUGAUAUUAGCCAUAUUAUAAGGAAUCCAAUAAAACAAAAUGUACAAUAAAGUA